AUGUCGGCCGCCCCCCUCACCAGGAAGGUGUUGCAGGUGCUGUGCGUCCUGCUGCCGUGUGCUCUCCAGCUCUGCAGCGCGCAGACGCAAGAAGGUAGGCUUAGAAACACCAACAUUCACAUUCACUACUUACACUUUUUUGUGUGUGUAUAAGCAGAAAGUAACACAUAACAUGAUUAUAACACUUGUGGUGUAGUUUUCACAAAUCCUGGUGCGCACUUUGAUUGGAGCUGCGGACUCCACCGCGCGCUCUGAUGAAGCACCUGUCUCGAGUCCCUCCUACUCCCUCACAAACAUCAAAACCUGUUCCGCACACGUAAAACUUGUUUGCCGUGAGUCACUUGCGCCUCUCCCACGGCUCUGUGUGCUUUAUCGUGCUUGACUCAAUUGUUUCAAGGUUUUUUCGACACAGGGCCCAACCUUUCUGUUGACUCACAAUCACAGUCAGACCCAAAGAUCUUCGUCUCUGUGAGGCUCAACUCCUCCUGUACUUUAGCUAGAGGCGUGACACGUUCUUCUGAUUUCUUUGUCGUUUAAAAAACAACACUAGAGUUUCUCCCCUAAACAGGCUAGUUAGAGUACAAACAUAUUGGAGACACAUUGGAGCAGAAAGGUCUCUUUGGGUGUUGUUAAAAACCUCAAACAUACUAGGCUUUUACUGUAAAGUUUAAACACAGUUGAUUGAGGUGAAGCAAUUAUCUGCUAUGUGAAAUUUUGGGCACUUUAUUCUUGAAAAAUGGAUUGCACACUAGAAGUUUUGCAAAUCCUAUAUCUUUGCAGAUGCAUGUAUCUUUCUAUUAUUCUGCAGAUCAAUAUACAAGUUUUUGUAUAUGAAAUAUUGAAUUAAAAAAGAAACGUUGAAUGUUGAAUUUACUAUUUAAACUUUGCAUCACCAUCUUCUGGAUGACAGAACUUUCACAGACAAUUUAAAUUUUUGAAAAAUCAAGUAAUUGACAGGUUGUGAAGUGUAAGUAACUUAACACAAAAGUUGUACAGGCUAAAACUUUUAUAAAUAAAACUUGGAUGGCAAAGGAGUGCUAUAAGUUUCUCUAUAACAUGGUGGAGUUAAAGCAAAACUAACACAAAUGGUAGGGGAGAGUGGGGUAAGAUGAGCCAUUUUUCAUAUUUCAGAUCACUACAUCAAGGCAAUCAUAGUUUUGUCUCUAACUAGUGUAUAUUUUAAGAUGUUGUGCAUCUCUGCAAACCUACAGAAUAAGUGUAAACAUAACUGUCUUGAUAAUAUAGCAUGUAUAAAAAAAAAGUGUUCUCCUAUGGUCAACUUACCCCGUAUAUGGGGUAAGUUGACCAUAGGAGCAGGGUAAAUUGAGCCUAAUUCAGACUAAUUCACUUUCAAGAGUGAAAAAUGUUUUUUGUAAAUAAAUGUCUAACCCCUUCACCCAUGUUCUUCUAACCUUCACAGACUCCAUGAAUUGAUGUCCAUUUCCUAAAUAUUUGGUCACAUGAUCAAUUUCUUUUACCAUUUACAAGCAACAGGGGGUGGCUCAACUUACCCUCUGGCUCAACUUGCCCCAGUCUCCCCUAUAUGGAGUUUGCUACUUGAGUGUAACACUUCAGGAAAUUAACUCAAUAGCCUUUUUUACUACCUGUGGAUGGUAAUGUGUUUGCAACAAAGAAAGCUGUUAUGAUUUGAAUCGUGGCAAGGCUCUGUGAACUUUGACCUCCUGCUGUUGUUUACAUUACCUGGGCACAGGUGAGCUGGUUGAGUGUGAAAAACAACAUGAGGUCAUCAUCUGUGACUGGGUGGCUGAUCCUCAGGUGACAGAACCAAGCGCUAAAACUACAAAAGCCCUGUUUGGUCACAUGAGGUUAGAUUGUUUUCAACGGACUGAGUCAACAUGGCAGUAUACAACAUUUCACAUAAAAUAAGCUUUGUUUAUUCGGUGUGCACCCUGUGUUUCACAAAGGAUAAUCAAUUGCAUCAAUGUUAACCCAUGAGGCUGAAGUAUUAGUCAGAGAAACCUCUACUGUUCAGGUCUUUGACAUCUUAAACCAAAGACAUGAUCACUCAUUGCGUCUUCUCUUGUCAGCCCUGGUUGUUAAACCAGUUGUUGAACAGGGUUUUGUUGUGCAGUGAUCAGGCAGUUGUGAAACAUGUUGCUGUUGUUUUGUUGAUCUAGAAAGUUUCAGACUACGCACAUUUGUUUGAACAUGUCACAUUACCGCAGAUUAAAUCACCUGGCCUUAGAAUAACUAAAAAUCUGUGCUUUGAUUUAUUUAUUUUGCAUAUUAGUGCAAAAGGAGUGUCCUUUUUGCUUCAACGUAAGCAACAGGCCUGUCCUUAAGGAGUCAUCUGCCCUACAAAGACAGGUGUUGCCAUGUGUCAUGGGUGCUUUUGACAUAAUCCAUUUGUAUGUUUAUAAAUCAUAAUCGCUGCAGAUGUUUGUCACAAAAAUUCAACAUAAAAAACAGCCUCUUUGUAAUGCUAAAGUGUGACAUCCACAGAAAUGCUGCAGAUUUACUAUAAAGAAGGAUCUCUGCUCAGUGCUAGAAAGAAAAAAAGGCACACAACCUGUGUCUGUGAACCAUGAAUGCACCCUGAAAUGUAAUAGUUAAUGUGCUCAUGUGUGUGUGUGCACAUGUGCGUGUGUAUGUGUGUGUGUGUGCGUGCGCAAGUGCUCACUCAUCAGGUAUGCAGUAAUCUCUGAGUGUCCUGUGCCAAGUUUCUGUUUACCUCAGUCAUCGUCUCAACCGCUUUAUUUGACUUGUUUAUCUCCUCCCUCUUUUCUUUUCUUUUCUCUCUUUCUCCUUUUUUUUUUUUUUUUGUCAGAGCUGUAACCGUGGUAACUGUCGAGUGAAAAUAAGAGCUGAACAUGAUCUGUGUUGUGUGUCUUCAUCAUGUGUUCAGUUUCACUUUGCUGCAGAGGACAAUGACAGCAUUCUGCCCUGAGUUAGUUUUACAUUAUAAGUUUGAAUGAUGGAAUAAGUAGGAAUGAAAGGUUGACAUGUUGCAGUUUAUGGACAAACAUACACAGAGUAAAGUGUCGGCGGAGACACAUAUUGAUGCACUGAAACACUUGUUCAGCUCCAUCAAAAUAGAGACAUUGUGCACAACUCUGCAUGUUUUCUCUCCAUCAUCCAUCUGCCAACACUGAAAGUCCUCCUUUGACAGAGAAAACCCACUCAGCCUGUUCACAUUUCAGCUGCAGCCUGUGCAUUGUGCGUGAGGCUGACAUACUGUUUUGUAGCGUACUGUAUGUGUACACAGUGCACCGUUUUGUCCUCCUCCUCUGUGGGUGGUGCCUGUACAACACGCAUACUGCCGUGUGUUAAAGGUUCUUGAAUGUAUGUGUGCAAAUGCUUGUGAGUAUUUCCCAACAGGCAAUUCAUACGUUGUAGAGUCAACAGCUCAAGUUAUCCACUGAUAGCACGGAGCUGCUCGACUUAGGCGGGGUAACUGACGAGCUUCAGGCUUGAGUGAGAAGCUCAUAAAGCGACACUUUUCAGUUUAAUGGCUUUUAAUGGGCGAGUUUUUUUUCAACUGUCAACGUGACAAACCCACAAAGAAGCUACUGGAGUAAUCUUUGACAUGGAUAUUUACAGAUAUGUGGAAAAAUAACUCACAAUUGAACGCAAACUGGUUCAAUGGAGGGGGAAUAUUUUCACACUUUGUCUAGGAGCGGCAGUCACUGUAUAACAUCUUCACGACCCUGAGCAAAAAAGCAGUGUGACACGAUAGUCAAAUUUUUGCUCUGUAGUGUCUACACAAUCUCAACAAACAAGAUAUGCCAUUGUAAUUGAUCAUUAGAAACAAACAGAGAUGCUACAGUGCAGAUUUUGUCACCUCCAGAAAGAGCCGGGCCCUGUUUUGUUUAUCAAAAUAGAACUGCUUUGUUGAAAGAGACUGAUACGACAGUUACAAUGGCAAAAUCUCAACUAAAAACAUAACAUAGUGUAUUUUUUAUAGUUGCCUACUUUAUUUAAUGUUUAUUAGUAGCAAAUUCAACCUGUUCGACAACAACCCAAAAUGCCUGAGUCAGACAAAGUUUAAACUAUUCUCUUCUUCUCGUUUAAUCAAUAUAUAAACUAGGACUUUAACACCCUGUCCUCUACUGUCCUUCAAUCUAGCUGCUAAUUUAAACUCAGAGUUUCUGUUGCCACAUGUCCAGAUAACCCUGACUGCAUCAACAGCUCACAUGUCUCAUUAGUAGCUUUAAUUACCAUUUUAAUGAUGUCUACUUUGGCGCGCCCUAUUUAGACUCCGUUAAUUCCAAACAUAAGUCGUGAUUCUGUUGUUCAGUGUGUUGAAAAAUCAAAAGAUGUGUAUCCUCACAUUAAAGAUGUUUAAGUAAUGUGUUUCAUGAGAAAGUCAUUAUCUCUGUGAAGUACGUCUUGUACAGUACAGCACAAACAAAACUGGUUUGACUUUUGGAAUUCUAAGUCGAGCAACAACAUCAGUAGCUGUAAAACCAUUUCUUGUGGCCUAGUGUUCUCAGAAACCCAAUAAAUCUUGUUAUCAGGAUUUUAUGGACUUGAGGGCAGACAUGCUCAUUGCGUUGCUCUAUUUCCUCUUCUCUUUCACACUUAAACACACAUUGUGCUUUGACCCCCCUCUGUCACUUAAGAGUUAAUAAUUAUUAGCUAUUUUAUGCCCUUGUUGAUCCUGUUGUUCUGCACAGCCCCAUUUUUGCUCUAUAGUGUUCGGCACUGGAAUGUGUUUGUGAGUGUUUGAGCGCAUGUCCUCGAGUGUUGGAGUCUGUGAGUGUAGUUAAAUAAACUUUCGUUACAUCCUUAAAAACAGCAAUUUAUAAUUCUUAUUUUUGCCUCUAAGAGUACAAAGGUCUAUGCAGCCAUCCAUGUAUCUUAUAUUAUGAAACUUUGCCCAGAGUUAUUAUGCACAUCCAACACUGUACUGUGUAAGUAUGUAAAAGGAGUUGAGAAUAUAAUUGGCAGAAAACAAACCUUUUUUUCAUUUAAGUGCAAAUGAACAUUUCAGUGCAAAAGCAUGUGAAAACAUUCAGUAUUUUCACACAGUUUGAAGCAUGGUUGCAGUAAAUUUGAUAUUAUUUACAGUUUUGCUUUCUGAUUCAUCACCCAGUGUGAAUUUAGGACUAUGUUGAGGACUCUGUUGUCUUUCCAGCACCAAAUACAAAAAAAUGUAUCUAUCUUAGUAUGUGGUCUAAACAUCAUGUUUGAGAGGGACCUUUUUUCUGUCAGAGUUUGAUGUUCUCUACUAUGCAAAAACAUCCGCAUAUGUGGUCAUUUGCAGAUUUCUCUCAUUUUGAACUGAGGGCGUGAACCCAUGAAAAAACACUCUCAACACAGGGAGGAGGGUUAGGGCUAGUGUGCGUCUUUGUGCAAAGUUUUGAUUACUAGGAAACCCUGUAGUAAGCAGCGUUGUUGACUUCUCUUUCCUGUAUUUUAUCCCUGCUACUCCUCUCCCAUGUGACAUUUGAAUGGCAAAGCAGCCUUCGAGUGACGCUGAAUGGCUGAACUCCCACACCCCAUAAACAGGGCCUCGAAAGUUUGUCUCAGAGGAGGACAUGCCCUGUACACAAUGCUGAGUUUGUCUCACACUGUUACAGGGAAUUCAUUGAUAUGCUGUGAAAACUGGAGACAACAGCUUGUUGAAAGUGACAUAAAAACACUGUUUGUAAGAAUUUACACCGUUUUUAUAUUCAUGAUAUAAUAAUAGAGGAACAAUUUAUUUUUACUGUGAUACCACAACAUGAGCAUUAGGGUUGCUUUUCUUUAUUUUUUUUUACUUUGUGUCAGCAGAAGCAUUUCCUUAGAUCAAGUAAAAAUGCUUUAACUAAUAAAUAACUCAGCACUGGCUUAUAAAUACAACAUAAAAUAUCUUAACUAUUUGUGAAAGAUAAUGUCAUUGUGAUCACAAAGAUCCCCAAAAUGAAGCAUUAAGACUAAGUUAUAGCAUUUUGCUUGGCUGUUCUAUACGGCGGACAAAACCACCAGGAUAACUGCGAUUAAUGAUUAAAUACAUGAUAAGCUUUAAAAUGCGCUUGUCUAUCCCACGGUUAAAUCUGGAUUUCAAUAGAUUCAGCUUUAAAUCUGAAUUUUGGACAUAACCAUACUAGUUUGACAGAAAUGUGGACCCACUUCUUCUUGCUGUGACCUUUAGCCCACAAAGUUUCAAGCUUUAAUGGAAAGUUCAUUUUGUUUAAGGAUCAGCUCUGAAAAACAAAAGGAAUCUCUCAACUUGUUACGAACAAAACAUAUAGUGAGCAAAAUUUACUGCUUUGUUUCAAGGCUGUUUUUGAGUUAUUAACAAAAUUGAUAAUGGAGGACCUAAACUCUAUUUACAGUCGAGAGAAUUGUGAUUUUGUUUUUCAGACAAAGACUACAGAUGGUCUACGUUACUGAUAAAGAAACUGAAUAUUCAUACUUGUCGGUUGAAUCUGCGUAUCAAAUCAAAUCUUUACAUAUUGGCAUUAAACACACUUUUUAACAACAAUGAUUUUUUUAUUUUUUCAGUGGUUGUUUGCUCCGGUACCCAGAAUUUUCUGAGCACGACAGGAAACUCAGAGUUACAGUACAAGCAGAUGAAGGAGCUGUACAGCGGCUGUGAGAUUGUGAUGGGAAACCUUGAGAUUACCAUGAUGGAGCACGACAGAGACUUCUCCUUUCUACAGGUCAGACUAUAAACACAAAGACAUCAUUGUACAGGAACAUGUCUGGGAGGUGACCCGGGGUGGUAUGAACCCCUAAAAACUAAACUUUGACUGGCCACCCCAUGAUGAUUACUUUGUAGCCACAGUUUUUAACAUCUAAUUUUAUAUUGGUAACAAUUUACAAUCUACAUAAUAUAGCUAUGUAAUAGGGACUAGAAAUGUUUCCUUUUACUUUUAUACUGUAUGUGUGACACUCAUUUUCAGUCACUAUCUCAUGUCUGGUAUUGUGCCCAAUGGAGUGGCUUGAUGCUAACUUUAGCUGUCUGCAGUUAAAGGGUUAUCAAACAUGUAGGUCAGCCGGGAAAAUAUAACCAAAUUUGCCUCUGAGUGUUGUUGUUUUGUGGUUCUUGAUCCCCUGAUGUGAUAAUGUGGUAAAAAUUUGUUUGAAUACUGCAAAGUCGACUAACAACCCGUAGUAUGACAUUACAGAGUCAUCCUGAGUAUGGCAUAAGACAUCACGUGAAUUUUUGUCUGUACUUUACAGCGCAGUAUAUGGAGAUACAACUUACUCGUGGAGACACUACAUGGAGACAUCAGAAAAGAAAAAAAUAUCUAUCUAUCUAUCUAUCUAUCUAUCUAUCUAUCUAUCUAUCUAUCUAUCUAUAUAUAUAUAUAUAUAUAUAUAUAUAUAUAUAUAUAUACAUAUAUAUAAAGAGAUGGUUAUAUAUAUAUAUAUAUACAUUUUUUUUCUGAUGUACAAUGAUGUCUCCAUGUAUAUAUAUGUAUAUAUUUUUUUUCUGAUCUAUCUAUCUAUCUAUCUAUCUAUCUAUCUAUCUAUCUAUCUAUCUAUCUAUCUAUAUAUAUAUAUAGAUAGAUAGAUAGAUAGAUAGAUAGAUAGAUAGAUAGAUAGAUAGAUAGAUAUACAUACAGUAUAUAUAUUGACUCAACACCAGAUACACAACACAGUAAAGGCCAAUGAAACAUGAUUUAAAAGUGGUACAAUAAAAGAUAAGGACAUGAUUAAACACAACAAAAGCCUGAUAAAAAUGAAUAGAUACUAAAAUGAAAAGAGAUGGUUAAUAGAGACAGAGAGGGAAAAAGUGAUGUUUGUUUACAUACACUGCAACCUCUGCAUAAGUCAGUUCCCUGGAUGGGACAUCCCACGUAGAGAGUGUGGACACGCCCCUGCUGAAACAACAAAAAGUUCAUUUUUCCCAGAACUAUAAAGUAUGUGUCAUCGAGGACAUCUUCACUGUUACUAGUCUAGACAAGGAGCUAGAUCAUUACCUUGAAGCUAGAAACAAACCACAACAGGUUGUUUGUCACCGACUUAGAUUGAUGUCAUCUUUGUCUCAAGGGUACAGUGACUUCAUGUAUGUCCCAAUCAUUACCUUUUCGAAAUCAAUCACUGCUUUACAGUCAUUGUGACUAACAUCACAGGGAAAAAUACUCAGUUAUUGCCAGAAAGUUACUGAUAAUGAUCAGUGAGACAAGUAAAAGUGGAAAAAAAUAAAAGGGACUUUUUCUUGAAACCUGAUGUCCUUCUCCUCAUUAUGGUUUUCUUACGCCUACAGUCCAUCAGAGAGGUGACCGGGUACAUUCUGUUUGCUGUCAAUGAGUUCAGCCGUCUGCCUCUGGAUCACCUGCGCAUCAUCAGGGGCACCACCCUGUACGAGGGCCAGUAUGCUCUGGCCAUCAUGGUCAACUACCAGAAAGAUGGACAGCAUGGUUUGCAAGAGCUGGGCCUGACACACCUUACAGGUAACACAGCUCAUCAGCCAGAUUGUGUGUUUAAAUCGUGGGAGGCCAGAGUAGAACAGAUAAGGAUGUGACACUUGGAGCUCCCACACCCACAAGUCACCACACCUGCAGGGUACCUGUUGUCAGAGCGGCAGAGCGAGGUCCUUGGAAUGUCUAAUUCAACUGCCAGUGUAACACGAGCUCUGGCUCAUUACACUGUAUGUGCUGUAGUAGUAAACAGUCGACAGUCAGAGUUUGAUAGCGUGAGUCAUGGGCAUGUUCAGGCACGCCUUCAGUAAUUCUUCUUCCCCGUUUUAACGUAUGUUUGCCGCCCACAGAAAUACUGGAGGGAGGGGUCAAGAUCAUCCAGAACAAGUACCUGAGCUAUGCCCCCAAGGUGAACUGGCUGGACAUAGUGAAGGAUGGAACAACUCAAAUUAUGAUCGAGGGAAACGGUCCUGAAAGUGAGUGGAAAAGGCAUAAUCACACAAAUUAGCAUCAGUAACCACCAGUUUUGAUGUCAGACUGUGCUUUAGUUUAUAAAGCUGCAUCUUCUGAUCAUGAAAUUGUCUUUUAGAGCCAUGUCAUGAAGAUUGUAAAGACCUCGCAUGUUGGGGUCCAGGAAAUGACACAUGCCAGUUCUGUAAGUAACAUUAAAAUGUCUUCAUUUUUAAUCCAAUCCAAUCUCUUUAUUUAUAUUGCACAUUUAAAAAAAACAUUCAAGUUUACCAAAGUGCUGCACAAUAAAAUCAAAAGAACAGACACUGCAGAAAACAUCAAGAGGAAAUAAAUAAAAGCAGGUAAAAAAAAAACAUUUAAAAUGAAAUAAAAUUAAAAGAAAUAAAAACACAAAAGCAUAAAAGAAAUAAAAAGUGGUUAAAGGACCAUUAAAGACAUAAUAGGAUAGAGAUCACACAACUCUCAUGCUGAAUAGUCAAGUCAAGGAAUAAAAAUGAGUUUUAAGAAUGAACAACUUAUUUCUUGUGCAUUUAGUUAUAAGAGCAACUUGGCUUGGAAAAGUAUUGAGAAUCUGUAGUAGUGUAACACUUUUAGUCCAUUAAUGUAUACAAUUUUGAAUAAUGUUUCUAAAAAUUGAAAGUGAGGACAGAAGUUAAAGUUUGAUACAAACAAGAGAGAGUGGAGAGUGACAAUGACAGUUAAUUGGCUUAGUUAAUAUGAUGAAUGAAAUGAAAGUCCAAACAGCAUGGCUUGUUUUCUGAGGCCUGAAUUUAAAAAAGGGGGAUUAUGCUUUUUGAUAUUUACAUGAAAAAUUACAAAGUUACAGUGUUUGGUGUCCAUACUAGAUGUAAAUUUUUAAAUCACAAGGUAAGCGUUGUAAUAAUCCUAGAAAACAGACAUUAACUGCUCAAAACGGUUCAUUGAGAAACGAAGCUUUUCUGACCUGAAAACCAUGUAAAGCUAGCAAAGAGGUUUUAGAAAGAAAAUAUGAAGUCUGAAAAAAUCCAUGAUACCCCCACUUUAAACUUCACACUGAUGUUAGACCUCAUACAGUAUGUCACAUAUUGCACAUCACUCUUAUUUUAUUUAUCAUGAAUUUAAAAUCCAUUCUCAUUAGAAAUUAUUGGGGUAAAAUUCUCAGCUGGUGUUUUAUGAGUGGACAUUGACUGUUUGAUAAAAAAAUUAUGUUACCAUGAAAGAAGUUCACCUUGGAAUAUAAAAGACUGAUAUCCCUGUUAUGAAAGAUGUUAAACCAACACACUCACACCUUUUCUUCCAGUGACAAAGACUGUGUGCGCCCCUCAGUGUAAUGGACGAUGCUUUGGCACAAACCCAAAUGAGUGUUGUCACAUUGAAUGUGCCGGAGGAUGCACUGGACCGCUGGACACUCACUGCUUUGUGAGUCUGCUGCUUUGAGACAUAUUUUAAUACAUGAGAUGUUCUUAUCUGGAACCACAGGAAGCCGAAGUGUGAAUAAUGAGGUUAAUGAAGGUCAAAUGAUUUUAGGGUACUGGUACUGUAUCACUGUGUGCACUUUACUGUGAUAACUGAACACAAAAUAUACUCUGCCUUAAAUCAAGAACUCCAAUUGUUCUUUUCCUGAAACAACAAUUUAAACAACUAAUGUAAAAAAGGGAUAUCUUGGAAAUGACUCAAGACAUAUCUACAAAUAAUGUGUUGUGUGUCAUGUUUACAGGCCUGCAGGAACUUCAACAACUCAGGCUCCUGCGUACCUCUGUGUCCCCAGACCCUAAUCUACAAUAAACACACAUUCAAACUGGAGCCCAAUCCCAACGCCAAGUAUCAAUACGGCUCCAUCUGUGUGGCCCAGUGCCCCAGUGAGUCCAAUCACUCAUAGUCACAUGUCAUCUAUAUGUACUCAUAAUCAAUACUAUUUUAAUUCUGGUACAAAAUUACAAGAGUUUUAAAGAUUUUCCUAAAGCUACAAACCACUUCCACUUUUUUAAAUCUUAACUUGUUCAUAAAAAUGUUUGAUUAUGUGAUGUUUAAGUCUUUACUUAAUGACCUCUAUUGUUGUUGUUUUUUUCACCAGCAAACUUUGUGGUCGACAGCAGCUCAUGUGUGAGCAGCUGCCCCUCUGAAAAAAUGGAGGUGGAGAAAAAUGGAGUGAAAAGAUGUGAACCAUGUGGAGGCCUGUGCCCAAAAGGUACGAGGACAGUUGAUACGUCACAGUAGUGUUUUUAUAACAACCAAAGAAGGUAAUAUAAUGAAAGACUGAAAUGACAAAUGUAAAUCAAAGUUCUGAAUUCAAGAUGUUUCUUUGUAAAUGUGUAAGGCUAAUAUGAAAUAAAAAUCAUCCAUCAAAUUGAAUUAUAUUUCUUAAGAAGACAUAGCUGAUACUCUGGAUUCUAUUAAAGGCUACAGUUUUACUUUAAAAAAAUGUAUGCAUGCUGGAAUCUUACUUUGCAAAAUCCUGUGGCUAAAGCUGUUGCAUAUAUUUUAUUUUUCCAGUCUGUCACGGCACAGGAAGUCCAACCAGACAGACAGUUGAUGCUAGUAACAUAGACAGUUUCAUAAACUGCACCAAGAUCCUGGGCAGCCUGCACUUCCUGGUGACUGGAAUCGAAGGGUAAACAGAAUUCUUUUGCAUAAGUUUUCCUACUAAAAUCCAAGGCCUUGAAAAGUAUUUCCUUGAGAGCUGUGCUGGUGUUGUUUGUAAUAUGUCUCUGUUUAUUCAGUGAUUUAUUUUUUUCUUCAAAGUGAUGCUUACAAUGGUGUACCAGCCCUUGAUCCAGACAAACUGAAAAUCUUCAACACUGUGAGGGAGAUUACAGGUGUGUGUGUGUGUGUUUGUAUGUGUGUGUCUUGGAUUGUCACAUUACAGUGUUUGCUGUCUGGUUCAGGCAUCUGAAACUCAAUGUCUCUCUUUCCAGACUUCCUUAGUAUUCAGUCAUGGCCAAAAAACAUGUCAGACCUGUCAGUCUUCUCCAACCUCCAAACAGUUCAGGGCAGAACGCCAUACAAGUGAGUCGUUUUUGUUGAAGCUCUGACACUUUUUUUACUUCGUAGACUACAGCCAAGUUCCUAUUAUCUCAGUAAUUGUUACUUAAACUCAUGUAAAUAAAUCUGAUUGUCACUUUGUGUCAUAUCUCUUUCCCCGUGUUUAGAACAGUGAGCUCGAAAAGGUACAGUAAAUGCUUCACAUGUUUGCCUGCAUCCACCUGGUGAUUUAAAACAUAUGAAAUAAUGAAAUUACUUGGUGUAGUCAUAAUUUAUAAGGGUACAUUAAAAGAUGGGUUGUUGAUUGAACUGGUGGUGGGCAAAACUCUCUCAUGACUUAAUGUGGGUUUCUUGCAUGUUUGUUCUGAUGGAAAGUGAUUGUUUUACGCUGGUGAAUAAAGCAGUGGCUUAAUUUCUUUGUAGACUUUGUCCUGUACAUGUUUAAGGCGUUUUUUCUGCACAAAACAUCAUCCUGUUGACUUGACUUACAUACUUUUUCUUGUAGUGAAGACUUUAACAAGGUAAGAGUGGAUUAAAUGCCUCUGACACCGAUAUGGCAGCAGUUUUUUCAGGACCCAAAAACAGGAGAUACUUUAAGAGAUAUUCUGGUGUAAAAUUAAGUCAGGGUCAAACACACUGUAACACCGAGUAAGACACCCCUUCGAGAAAUGAAUUUCGCAGACCGCUUGCUUCUCUAGUUAUACCAACUACUGUAACGGCUGCAGAUAGCAAUACAGAGAGCCACACGCUCAACCAAAACGCCACUCUAUAGCCACAAAUAAUGCUCAGAACAGCACCUAACUUCAUCAACAGUACAUAUAGGGUCACAGCCAUAGUACUAGCCACCAAACAUCUUUUCAACUUUGCCUGAUUUCUUUAGCAAAGAAACUAAACACAACUCACCUACUCUCUUCCAGCAGCCACUUGUUUGUGGUGAGAUCUCAGGCUAGUCCAUCAUAGACUGCAGCGGGGUGACGCAGCUCAAGGAAGAACAUUUAUGAUCAUUACUUUAUCAUUUCCUUAAAGUAAUUAUCACCAUAUUAAUCAUUUUGCACUGCAGACAUGGUAGUUCUUCUGCCUUUGCAUCUCGGUCUGAUUGCAUUCCCAUGAGUUGUGUUUAGUCUCUUUGCUUAAAAAACUAGUCAAAGUUGAACAGAUGUUUGGUGGCUAGUGCUAUGGCUUGGACCCUAUAUGUCCUGUUGAUGAAGUUAGGUGCUAUUCUGAGCAUUACUUGUGGCUAUAGAGUGGCGUUUUGGUUGAGCGUGUGGUUCUCUGUAUUGCUAUCUGCAGCCAUUACUGAAGUUGGUAUAACUAGAGAAGCAAGUGGUCGGCGACAUUCAUCUCGGGUGUUAAACUCUGUGCUACGGUGUGUUUGACCCUAAUCUAGUUUUACGCCGGAAUAUCCCUUUGAGCUCUUUUUUAUGGCCUUAUUGCUUUUGUUGGCCAUUUAGAGACUUUACUAUCAAUUUCAGUCUAUGGUUACAUGGCCAGGUAAAAACAUCACACAGGAGUUUUUACUGAUGAUCUGUUAGGGGUGAACUUAGAGAUGAACUCGUGGAAACAAGAUCAUUUCUAAAUGGCAACAAGAAUCCAUGAUACACACUGUAACUAUUCAGUUAAAAAACAUGAGUCAUGCAUUCACUGUGCGUUGUAUAUUUUAUGAAUGUAUAAGCUUUGUUCCCAGCCAUAGAAAUCUGACAAGCCAACUAGUCUAAGGAAAUGAAAAAACAAAAGAAAAAAAAAGUUCAUUUAGUUUAAAAGAGAGAGUAGACCAAGUAAUCAAGCCCUAAAAUAAGCUUUUUAUUAUAAACGUAUGUUCUCUUUUUAUUGAACUUGAUAGAAAAUGGGAAAAUUGCCCCAAAACCCUGAGGCAUGAAAAUGAGUAAAUACGUAUUGUAUAUUCUAAAUGUGCGUCUGAAUGUGUGAAAAACAGAAACAGAAUUCCCAGAUGUUUUUGAGAUAAAAUUCCAGCAAUUCAACACUUUUCCUUCUUCCAUGUUAAUCUAUGGUCAACACAACAUGUCACAUUGUUGUAAAACUUCUAUUUUCUUUCCUCCUUUUAUCAAUUGUUUCUUCCUUCAGAGGCUACUCCCUCCUGGUGAUGAAGAUCCCCUCUUUGACCUCACUGGGGUUGCGCUCUUUGAAAAAAAUAAACGACGGCGGCGUCUACAUCACUGGAAACAAGAAACUCUGCUACCAUGACACAAUCAACUGGACACGGAUCCUGAGCAGCAGCUCCCGUCCACAGCGCCGGCAGAAGCACAUCGACCUCAAGGAUAACAGACCAAACAAACAGUGUGGUGAGUGGAGCGUAGAAGGUUCUGUUUGAGCCAGCAAGACUUUUUUUUCUUGGGUCAGGCUUUGAUAUCUUGGUGUUUUCAGUUGAUGAAGGCCAUGUCUGUGACCCCCUGUGCUCCUCUGAUGGCUGCUGGGGCCCUGGUCCAAAUCAGUGUGUGUCCUGUAAGAAGUACAGCAGAGGAGGAACAUGUGUGCCGGACUGCAUGUUCUUAUCAGGGUCAGAAAAAAAUCUACUUCAAACAUGAAAAGUUAAAGUGUUUGUCUCAAUAUGAGGAAUGUUUGCUGUAGUCAAGCUGCCUCAAGUGUUUCAGUGUUAUCUAAAGUCUGUUCAAAGAGACUUUUUUCUUCCUCCUGAAUGCAGGGAGAGGCGUGAAUUUGCUACUAGGUCAGGGGAAUGUAUGCCCUGCCACCAAGAGUGUAAGGUCCAGGCUGGGAAGCAGACCUGCACAGGCCCGGUAUGAGUUUCUCUUUCCUUUGUAUUACUGCCACCUGCUGGCAAAUUCCAUUGAUCAAAAUCAGAGACAGUGUUGGAUGAUUUGAACCAUGCCUAUCUCUUUGUGAAUUCCCACCUUUAUUGUUUUUGUCUAACUUUGAUGCCCUUCCCUCUUUUUAGGGAGCAGAUCAGUGUGUAGCAUGUGCCAGGCUGCAGGACGGACCUCACUGCGUCCCUUCGUGUCCUGAAGGCGUCAUGGGGGGAGAGGAGGUUAUCUUUAAGUACCCUAACAAGCAGGGCCGCUGUGAGCCAUGUCACAUCAACUGUACCCAAGGGUGAGGCUUUAUCUGGCUCUUUCUCUCCCAUUUUCAUCCCUGUUUAGGUUUUAUCCCAAACUUAUUGGCAAACUUUUUUUUUUCUGCAUUUUAUCCUUAGGUGCUUUGGUCCAGGAAUUGGAGACUGUGUUGGGUCCUCCCGCUAUAUGUCUGGGUAUGUUACUCAGCUCAGUGUGCUGUUUAAGAUAGUUCAGUAAUUAACUACAGCAUCAAAUCCUGACAGUGUGACAUCCUUUCUUCUUAAACAGACAAGCAACCACGGCCAUCGUACUUGGAGUGAUUGCCCUUCUCUUUGCUUCAUUCUCUAUUUUUGUGCUAACUGUUCUGUACCGCCGAGGCCUUGCCAUUCGUCGUAAGCGGGCCAUGCGGAGAUACAUCGAGAGUGGAGAGGUUAGUCAGAGUUUGGCAUGGUCAUGAUGAAGCGUUGCAUCUGUUUUACUUGUUUUAACAUGUACUGUAUGUGUGUUUGUGUGUCUUUAGAGCUUUGAGCCUCUGGAUCCUGGAGAAAAAGGAGCUAAAGUGCAUGUCAGGAUCCUGAAGCCCACAGAGUUGCGUAAGAUCAAGCUCCUAGGCAAUGGAGUGUUCGGACAAGUCCACAAGGUAACAGAGGUAGUGGGGAUAAGUCAUAAUGACCCUCCCCUUUCAAAUUUAACAUUAAAUUAAUAAAUCUUUUUCUACCUCAAAGGGCAUUUGGAUCCCCGAGGGUGACACAGUGAAGCUUCCUGUGGCCAUAAAGACAAUUCACGAUCGCAAUGGACGGCAGACCUUCCACGAGCUGACUGAAGUAAGAAGACAUACUUGAUGGAGAAGGGCCUUUUUGUGUUAUGCACUCACUGGUGGCAGUCAUAAAAGUUGGCUCUGAAGUUUUGGCUAUCUGGAAGUCACAAAAAUGAUGAUGAAUAGUCCUUUCUCAACUCCAUUCAAGUUUGGUGAUCUGGCACUUCUUUCUUUAGCACUAAGCCAAGAUCUUUAUGACUCAUGGGCUGUCAUUUCAAGCUGAAUUCAGCCUCAAAAUAAACAGUCAGACCAUCGAGGAGUGAUAAUUUGUAACAGAGAGUUAGAUUUGGGAUAUGUUCCUUUAAAACCUGAUUGGUUGAUUCUAAUAACCCCUGUGUGUUUUCUGCAGCACAUGAUGACCAUUGGAAGUUUAGACCAUUUGAAUGUGGUCAGGAUACUGGGUAUCUGUCCUGGUGCCAGCUUGCAGCUCAUCACACAGAUCAGUUGUCAGGGUUCCCUACUGGAGCAUGUCAGGAACUGCAAAAACAAACUCAGUCCACAAAGGCUCCUUAACUGGUGUGUUCAAAUUGCAAAGGUAAAGGACACAUCUUUGUAUUUCCACAUGACUUCAUUCACUCCAGAAACAGCUCAAGCCCUCUAAGGCAUACCUUUUCUUCUUCAUCAGGGGAUGUAUUACCUGGAGGAGAACCGGGUGGUCCACAGAAACCUGGCUGCCAGAAAUGUUCUCCUAAAGAGUAACUACACGGCACAGAUCUCAGACUACGGCAUUGCAGAUCUUCUUUACCCUGAUGACAAGAAGUACUUUUACAACGAGAUCAAGGUCCGCAGACUAGCAGUAAAUGAUAUGAAAUGAAUGAUAUGAUAAAGCAAUCAGUAAAAUGAUCAAAGUUCAGUCAGAGGGCCUUUUGCAUGAACUUAUCGCUACACUGUGAGAUAUGAUGCUGUUUUUUUCCACAUUCACUGACCUCUUAAGUAAUUAAUGAAGACAUUAUCUGUUUAAUUGUAGGCACCUAUCAAAUGGAUGGCCUUAGAGAGCAUCUUGUUUCGCAGAUACACACAUCAGAGUGAUGUCUGGAGUUAUGGUGAGACGUGAACCACCUCUCACCCAGUUUGAUGAAAUAAUUACUUUUAUGAAAACAGGAACAUGUGAAUGCUGAACUUACUCUGUUGUGAUCUUUUAGGUGUGACUGUCUGGGAGAUGAUGUCCUAUGGCGCAGAGCCAUACUAUGCAAUGCGUCCUCAGGAGGUUCCUGAUCUGCUGGAAAAGGGCGAGCGUCUCUCCCAGCCUCAAAUUUGCACAAUUGAUGUCUACAUGGUUAUGGUCAAAUGUGAGCGCCUCAUAGCUCUCUAUCUUUCUGUCUCUUCCACUUAUCAGAACUGCAAAGUAGCUGCGUGUUUCCAGAUUUUAUGCAACACCAUGCUAGCAGUCACUCUAUGUUGAUAAUUUUAUUUUCUAUAAUGCAACUGCAACAGUCUGACAAUAAAAACAAACACAAUGGUCAGAAAUCAAAUUGGUAUUUAAGAUGGCAUAAUUGAUUCACAGCCACCACAGGCACUGAUUGAGGAAGCGGUCACUGCCUGUAUGAUAGUGGCAGAGAAACCCUGAAAAUACCACCACACCUCUGCACAUGGAAAGCAAUUCAAUAUGGUUGUUUAAUAGCUUUUGUGUUUUUGUCUUCCAGGUUGGAUGAUAGAUGAGAAUGUCCGUCCAACAUUCAAAGAGCUGGCAAAUGAAUUUACGAGAAUGGCUAGAGAUCCACCUCGCUACUUGGUGAUCAAGGUAGGAAGGACUGCAUAUCUAUUAAAAACAGCAUUUACUGUUUUUUUUUCAAUGGAAUAUCACAGUCUCCUUUUUCUGGAUCUUGAGUAAGUGCAUACAAUAUGCUGAUCCAUGUCUUACAUCUGUCCCACCAGGAGGACUGUAGCCAAGUGGACUCACCUCCAGAUGAACUUGCCCAGCGGAGUGCAGAUCUAGAUGACCUGGAUGAUCUGGACAUGGAGCUUGUGGACCAGGAGGAAGGUGUGGUGGAUAGCUUGACUCCGGCUCCACACUAUCUGCCUCAGUCCAGGAGCCUUAGUCGUCUUUCGAGGCUGGACAAUCAGCGAGUAAGAGACAAGGAUCAUGUUUCUAAAAAGGCCAUUUUUGUCAUCUUUGGAGUCUAAAACUGAUUCCUGUAUUUUCUUGUAUAGGUGGCUCAUGCUUCCUCAAAUGUGGCAGGAUAUUUGCCAAUGACCCCUGGAAUUGACAACCUAGGGCAGGUAGGUCAAAUAAGCUUUUUCAUUACUGUCUCACCUUUAUGUGCAACAUCUUCAACUGAGUUACAUUUUGUCAAAAUACUUAGCACUUUACAAAUGCAGUUCUACACUUGUGAUUUUUAUACAGGCCUCCUGGCAGUCACGCUCUCGUCUAAACUCAGCUCGAACCAUAUCUGAAAGCUCGGAGGGCUGCGGCACAGCAGUGGAGCUUGAGAUGAGUGAGGGCUUUUUUCUGGUGGGGAGCCUGAAAAGGCGACGUUGCGGUGAAGACAGUGCUUACAUGUCGCAGAGGGACAGCAUGUCUGGUGGACCACCAGAGACUCCAUCACCUGAGAUAGAGGAAGAGGACCAGAAUGGAUAUGUUCUUCCAGGAGACAGUCCAGAGAGAGGUAAUAUAAUAAUUCAAAUAUCACUGUCCAUUAAAGGGAUAUUCCGGCGUAAAAUUAAUUUAGGGUCAAACACAACGUAAAACCGAAUUAGACACCCCCUCUAUCAAUCAAAUCAAUCAAUCAAAUUUUAUUUAUAUAGCACUUUACAAUAUCCCAAAUGGUACCCAAAGUGCUUUACAUAAAAGCAAUAAAAUAACACAAGAAAAAAAAAAAAAAAAAAAAAAAUCAUCUAGAGAUGAAUGUUGCCGACCGCUUACUUCUUUAGUUAUACCAAUCUUAAUAACGACUACACGAUAGCAAUACACAGCUGUCUGAGGAGCCAUAAACAAACCUCAACCAAAACGCCACUCUAUAGCCACAAAUAAUGCUCAGAACGGCACCUAACUUCAUCAACAGUACAUAUAGGGUCCUAGCCAUAGCACUAGCCACCAAACAUCUUUUUAACUUUGACUAAUUUCUUUAGCAAAGAGACUAAACACAACUCACCUACUCUCCUCCAGCAGCAGCUUGUUUGUAGCGAGACCUCGGGCCAGUUUAUUACCGACUACAGCAGGUUGAUGCAGCUCAAGGAAGAACAUUUAUGAUAAUUUCUUCAUGGAAAUACAAUCAGACUGAGACGCUAAGGCAGAAGAACUACCGUGUCUGCAGUGCAAAAUGAUCAAUAUGGUGAUUAUUACUUCAAGGAAAUGAUAAAGAAAUUAUCAUAAAUGUUCUUCCUUGAGCUGCGUCACCCCUGCAGCAGUCUGUAAUGGACUGGUCAAGGUUGCGCUACAAACAAGCGGCUGUUGGAAAAGAGUAGGUGAGUUGUCUUUAGUCUCUUUGCUAAAGAAAUUAAGUAAAGCUAAAAAGAUGUUUUGAGGCUAGUACUAUGGCUGGGACCCUAUAUGUACUGUUGAUGAAGUUAGGUGCUGUUCUGAGUGGUCGUUACUAAAGUUGGUAUAACUAGAGAAGCAAGCGGUUGGCAACAUUCAUCUCUCAAGGAGGUGUCUUACUCAGUGUUACGGUGUGUUUGACCCUAACUUAAUUUUACGCCGCAAUAUCCUAGUAAUGUGGCCUAAACAGUAUUUCCAGGAAAAGGUAGAACAACCCUAAACUGCGUAUCUUGAUUGUUUUUGCUGGUCACAACCAGCAUUUAAUGAGACAAACAAAUAAAUAAACUACCUGGUUGAAGCAUCGUUGUCAUGUUUCUUCUGCCACUUGCAGGAGUGUCCUUCAUGCCAGAUACAGAGUGGAGUGAUACUGAUCUUCUUUUGUCAGGAAUUAAAACGCCUUACUCCCCAUACCCUAACCUCGCCCAUUUUUCUUUCUCUUCAGAAAACCUACUAUUCUCAUCCCAAGUCACACCUGGUAGGAUUGCCAAGUCCCAUUCUACAGGCCUGUUGGAUGAUACUGACGAUGAAGAAUACCAGUACAUGAACAAGCAGACGUGUGCAACAUCUCUCUCGCCCAAGAAAAACAGCCACUGUAUGAAGCCAAAUAAGAAACGCACCUCCUCUUUAUCUUCACAAGCAACAGCAUACUCGGGAGAUACUACACUGUCUGUGGAGGCAAGAGGUCACUCAGGAACCAGUCAAAGCUCAGAUUCAGUGCAGCAGGGAAUGAAUGAAGUUGAAUAUGAAUACAUGGACAUCAGGGGUAGUGAAAAGGAGGAAAGCCCUCCAGCAUAUCACCCCCCUCCUCCUCCUCCUGAACAGACUGCCCGAGAGGUGGAGGAGGACGAAUAUGUGGAGGAAAGUAACUACCAUUACAUGAACAGGCAACCAAAGCUGCGAGAAACUCUUCAAGACAGGGAGGAGAUUAAGAUGCAGGAAAGGGGCAUGGGGGAGGUGUAUGAGUAUGAAGACAUGGACAGUUUUGCUACAUUGCGGCCUGGAGAUGCAGUGGUGUACCAGAACAUGCAAAGAGGAGCAGACGGGGCAGCAGGAAACUCUGAGCUACAUCAGUCAGGGUUUGAACCCUAUCUAAAAGUUAGAACUGGAGUUGGAGUUGGGGAACCUGCAAGCGGGGACCGAUCCUUUGACAAUCCAGACUACUGGCACAGCAGGAUGUACCUGAAGCCCAAAGUGGUGUCAACAUGA